GUCUUCUGCUGAAGUGCCUUCUAAGCAAGGCACGGAGCUUUGCGCAGGAGCAGUGAGCUGCCCAAGGUAAAUUGACCGACAUUUGAUUGGCUGUCCCGGAAAAAUGAACCGUUUUAGGGGCAUUGGGCAGACAUCCACAAGGAGACGGGGCGGGACUUCGGGUGGGAGGAGGCAGGGCCUCUGGGCUUUGGGCGCCAGCGGUUGAAAGGCAGUUGGUGUCGGUUCGGCAGCUAAGUUCGGAUUCCACCGUCCCUGCCCUUCUCCAUGGCCGACCCUGAGGAGGUGCAGGUUUCUUCGCAGCCCCCGCCGCCUUCCCUCUCUCCCUCGUAUUCAGAUGCCUCUGCAGCGUCUUCCCCUGGUGUCCCAGUACGUUUAGACUGGCCAGUUCCGAGCAGGAGCAUCGGCCCAACGGUGGACCUGCUGGAGGAAGUGGAGCUGCAGAUCGGAGACGCAGCAUUUUCGUUAACCAAACUUCUUGAAGCCACAUCUGCUGUAUCAGCUCAAGUGGAAGAGCUUGCCUUCAAAUGUACAGAAAAUGCACGUUUCCUUAAAACAUGGCGGGACCUCUUGAAAGAAGGCUAUGAUUCUUUGAAGACUGACAACUGAUUAGGCUGUGUAAUAACUCAUACUUCAUUUAUAUUUGCACAUGUACCAUAUGUAUAGUAGGAUAAUCUCCAGUAGUUCUGUAUACUCAAAAUGAAAUUUUUCUUGGUUUUCUUCACUUUUGUGAAAGUAGAACACUGAUGUUAUUUUUGAGGCUGGCGGGUAUUUAUCUUAAUACUUUCUGUCCUCUAAACUUUCAUAGAGUCUUUUACGAAAGUUAAUUUCAUCAGUAGAUAUAAUACCACAGUGUUACUACCAGUAGCAAACUUGGUAAACCAUGAUUCUAUUUGAUCUGCAGGAAGAUACCAAGAAUGGCAGAGUUUGAAGUUAAGCUUCAUUUUACAGACCAAGAAAGGGAACUUUAAGGUUAGUAAUGUCAGAUCCAGCUCCAUUAGGCUAAGUUCCCUGGAACCAAUCAUUGUAUCUUACUUACUUCCAUAUCCCCAGCUCCUAGAACGGUAUCACACAACAGUCACUAAGCGUUUGUUGAGUAAAAGAGGUAACAACAAUUAAAAUCUGUUAUUUUUCCCCAUUUUUAGCAUGAAGGUUAUAAUUGUUUCUCUAAAAAAAUAUUUGAAUCAGAACCUCGUUGACUUGAAGGAAAAUGUUCCCUUUUUUUUUACAGGGAUUUGAACUUUAACUGAUGACAGCUUUUAAAAAUUUAAACAUUUUUUGCCCUCUUAUGAGGCUUUUUAAAACAAGCUUUUACUUCAGAAAAUGAAAGCAUGUCUGGAAAGAAUGCAUAUUUUUUCCUUAUUUAUUUCUAAGGUUAACUGCUUCUACAGAUAAUAUUUCUUGCAUUUGAUGUUGUUGUAUUUUUGAUUGCUGUCUUUAAAGUGCUUUAUCACUAUUAUAGUUCUGUACUAUUACUUUUGGAGUUUUGUAAGUAAUAACUCUAAAUUCUAAAUGUAGUAAUUCUAAAGAGGUUACUUUGUUUUUAAUGUAUCAGAUUUAAAUGAUGUGAUUUUUUUCAUGUUAUUUGACCUCAUUGACAGUGUUCUCUUUUACUUGUCCUGUAGGAAAUUGUUGCUUGUUUUUUUUUUUUUGGUGGCUUAUGUUACUGUCACCGAUUAAGCCAACUAAUUCUCUACUGUAUAACUUUAGACAUUUUUGAUGUGGCAUCUUAAUUCUUUGUAGAUAUGGAGGUUGUGUACAGACUUGUAUUCUAAGGCUCCACAAUUGGGCUAUGAAAGGGGACAAAUGGAUGGGUAAAGAAUAAUUUCGUUUAGCAUAUUAGCUCAUAGUUCUUGAUUAAUUUUUUUUGUAAGUUAAAGAUAACGCAUAUAGUAGGUUCCUGUAACAAAGAGAUGUGUAUUUUGACAUUAGAAAAAU